AUGUCGGGGACUGAAACAACAAACAGCAAGAUCUCAAGUGAUUUGGGAGUUCAAGCAAUUGACAAUCCUCGAGUUUCUCGCUCACAACCAGUUGACCCAUCUGGGAGGGUAGGACACGCAGAGGAUGACGAUAUAGAAUCCGCAAGCUCCGGAGCAUAUCCUGAAGGAGGAUUUAAGGCAUGGACGGUAGUUGCAGGAUCAUGGUUCGGCACAUUCGCAUCUCUCGGCAUCUUGAACUCCAUCGGCACCUUUCAAGCAUACAUCCAGGAACAUCAGCUGCAGAAUUAUAGCCCGGGUACUGUCGGCUGGGUGUUUUCUUUAUACGCCUUCCUAUCUUUUUUCUGUGGAGUGUACUUCGGACCGAUUUUCGACAAGUAUGGCCCUCGUGGGCUCACCAUUUCCGGCACUGCCAUGAUGGCGGGUGGAUUGUUGGCCAUGAGCUUUUGCACAGGUAAUGUUUCCCUCCAGCUUCUCAAGCGGCUCAGUUGCUUACUUGGCGUCCCAGAGUUGUGGCAGUUCAUUCUAGCAUUUGGGGUUGCCUGCGGCUUCGGCACUUCCCUGCUCUUUUGUCCUUCGAUCGCUGCCGUCGGGCAUUUCUUUAAAGAACGGCGAAGCUUAGCGACAUCUAUUUCCUCAACGGCUGGUGGCCUCGGCGGUGUCAUAUUCCCGUUUAUGCUGUCCUCUUUGUUCGACUCAAUUGGAUAUGCCUGGGCAACUCGCGCCGUGGCUCUCAUCUGCCUCUGUUGCGGCUCCAUUGCCGUCUUCGCCAUUGAGUCGCGUCUGGCACCUGCGAAGAAUGCAAAAGCCCAUCCGGAUUUGCGCAUCUUCAGGCAAAUCGAUUUUGUCUUGAUCACUGCGGGCAUCUUCCUCUUCGAGUUUUCUCUCUUCAUUCCGCUGGGCUUCAUCUCAUCAUACGCCCUAGAUCACGGCCUUGGGCUGGACUUCUCAUAUAACCUGGUGCCAAUUCUCAACGCCGCCUCAAUUGUGGGCCGGAUUGUGCCAGGAUAUUAUGCCGACUUGGUUGGACCUUUAAACAUGAAUGUUUUUGCCGUGGUGCUCUCUGUUAUCGCAUGCUUUGGAGUGUGGCUACCUGCAGGACAUACAGCAGCAGGAAUCGUCGCCUUCGCCGUUCUCUUCGGGUUCGCAACUGGAACUCUCAUCGCACUGGCGCCGGUUUGUGUCGGUCAGGUCUGUGAGACGCAGGACUACGGGAGGUACUAUGCUACCUCAUUUAGCGUCGUCUCAUUUGCUUGUUUGAUUAGUAUUCCUAUUGGCGGUAGUAUCGUGAAUGCCAAUGGCGGGGACUACACGGGGCUUAUAAUCUUGACUGGCGUCAUAUAUGCUGCGUCAGGAGCCGUCCUAAUGGGAGCCAAAGCAUAUGUAUUUGGGUUGAAGAACUGGACUGCUGUAUACUAA